UUUUUUUCGGAGGGCCAAAAAAGAUCCGACCUUUUUCCCGUUUCGGUUAGGGUUUCGACCUCAAUAAUCCUCGAGACAUUGAGUCCUUCCAUUGAUAGAGAGGGAAUUAGCUCUGAGGUCGAUUCCAGCAAUUGGACGGAUUCUACUUCGAAUUUUGAGCUAUAAUUCGAGGUUGUCAUCGAACUGAGACGAAACCAUCAUGGGUGUGAAGGGUCGUUCAUUUUCGUUCGACUCCGUCAGAGGCGAGGUGGGGGAGAUCGACACCAGGGCCCCUUUCUCGUCAGUCAAGGCCGCUGCGAGCUUGUUCGGCGAGGUUGCGUUUACAGGGAAGAAGGGCAAGCCUUACAGUCCAGUAAGGUCUCCCAUCACACCGGAUCAGACAGCAUUUGUAACAGAGACACAAUUCCACUUAGCCCAGAAAGAGCUAAGUAAAUUCAAGGAACAACUCCAAAAUUCUGAAACAACCAAGGCACAAGCCCUAGCGGAGCUCGAAAAUGCCAAGAAGACAGUUCAAGAUCUGACAGCCAAGCUCACAGCCAUCAACGAGUCCAAAAAGCUCGCUCUGAACGCCGCCGAAGCUGCCAACACUCGAACCAACCCACUCAACGAAGAAGCAAGUUCUGCUGAUGACCAAACUGGAAAGCUCGAGCUUGCAAGGUCCAGGGAGAAGUAUGCUGCUGCUAUUCUUGAACUUGAUGCUGCUAAGCAAGAGCUCAAGAGGAUCAAGGAGGAGUUUGAGGCCUCAGCUGAAGCCAAGAUCUCGGCCUUGAAUCAAGAAUCUCAGGCAAACCAGCAGUCUGAAGCGAACGCCUUGAAGGCCAGUCAGCUCUCAAAGGAGAUUUCAGCAGCAAAAGAAACCCUCGACCGAACCAAGAAGGAAGAAUCGAAGAUUCAAUCUGAGAAAGACUCACUCGAAUCAAAGCUAGUUGAGGCUGAAACUGAGAUCACUGCAGUUCAUGAAAAGUUGGAAGAUGCUGUAACUAAUGAGCUCGAUGAAGCUAAGGAAGUUCUGCAGAAAGUAGAAGGAGAGGAAAGUUCUCUCCGUAGCUUAGUCGAGUCCCUAAAGCUAGAACUCGAGACAGUGACAAAACAACACAACAAUCUCAAAAAAAAGGAUGCAGAAACUGAAGCUCUUGUAGCAGAUCUCAACAUCAAACUCGAGAAAUGCAAAGCUGAACUCGAGGCUGCAACAGAAUCUGAAACUGAAGCCAUGAAUAAAGAGGUAGAGGCAGCAAGGAUUGAAGCUGAAGCAGCGAAACUCGCCUUACUCGAAUCAGAGAAAAAGCUCGAGAUAGCAGUUAAAGAUGCAGAGGCAGCGAAAGCCGCGGAAGCUCGAGCGCUCGAUGAGAUCAAGAACCUGUCGGCGAAGGCUGAGAUUGUGAUCUCCAAGGAGGAGUUUCAGUCUCUGAACAAGAAAGCAGAGGGAUCUGGGGGGCCGACGGAGAUGAAGGCGACGGCUGCUGAAGCUCAGGUUGAUCCAAUGAAUGCGAUAGAUACUGAAGCUGAGAAGAGACUCGAAGCUACAAAGAAGGAGAUAGAGGAGACGGAAUUAGCUAAGCAAGAUGCUCUGAAGAGGGCAGAAAUGGCAGGGUCAUCAAAGAAUGCACUUGAAGGAGAAGUAAAGAGGUUGAAUGAGAAGGAGCAGAAGAAAGCUACAGAGACUGAAGGAGGGUCACCACCUAGGGUUUCAUCGCCAUCUAAGGUUUCAGUUGACGAGAGCGAGGGGAGCAAGAAGAAGGGUUCUUCCAGGAAGUCAUUGCUUACGAAUCUCAGUGGGAUAUUCCAUAAGAAGAAGAGCACUGUGGAUGGAAGUUCACCUUCUCAUGCCUCUGGAGAUAAAGAGAAGCAUGUACGAUGAUACGCCUUGUUUUGUGAUUGUGUUUGUUGUGUCUGUUGAUGUGCAAAUGUCUGCGAGUUUCUGUAAACUUGACUCAGGAGAUGAGAUGAGUGGCUCUCUGUAUCCUUAUGUGAGAUGUUUGUCCUCCAUAUUAUCAUUUGAGUUUGCAAAGCUUUGAAGUGAGGUUAUCCAUCAAAA